CCAGAGAUUCCGCGGAGAUUUCCAUUAAUCGUAAAGCUGCGAAUUAAUUAACAUUGGAUCUUGUCGCCUUCGUCUGCCGGCUCGUCUCUUCUCUGUUUGGAUUCCUAGACAAAAUUUCCGUCACAUUAUACAUGCAUUCCCCUGAAGUUCCCUCAGAUCACUUUUCGCUAUAAUUGGUUAUAAUUUAAAAUCAGUUAAAAUCCGCUAUAAUUGGUUAUUAAAUAUAAAGUCUGAAGUAGAAGUCUUUUUCACUUUACCUAUAUUUCGAAUUAUUUCAAGGUUACUUAUACAAAAGUAUAAUUUUUCUAUCCAAUUUAUUGGUCGUUGCAAUAUACGGUGAGAAAAUCCGAGACGGCCUGACAUCGCGUUUUGCACCCAUGGAAAGUGAAAUAAAAAAGUUUCGCCAACAAGGGCCGAAAUGUACAGGCAUCAAAUUGGGCCGAAGAAAUCGAGCCUAUUUAGAGAUUCCUUCCUAUCCGCAGGUUUAAAUUUUCAUUCAGCAGAUUCCGAGGAAGCUGCCCUACGGGCGUUCGUUUUGCGACUUGGGAAGACGCGACCUGAAAAUGAUUUAUUUAGCAAUCCUGACUUAUGGAUUCCUAAUCGUUCGAGGUCGCAUGCACUGUAUAAAUUCGAUUUUUCUCGGAUUUAGCGCAAUAGCGAGCCUCCAUGCAUGUCCCGACACAAAAUCGGAACUCGCCUCGAAGACAUUGAAAUUCAUCGACCGCAGCACCGAAGGAAGCACCCUGAGGAAUUUCCUGCGUCGGGUGUACAACGUACAUCUUAAAGAUGAGGAAGGCAAGAAGUCCUCGGAAGAAUCAGAACAUCCGCCGCUUCCUCGUAGGGCUGAAGAGGAGGACGAAGAUUCCCACGAUUCGGAACAUCACUUCGAUUACAAGUCUACAGAAAAUUGGGCCGAUGAUUAUCCUGCCUGUGGCGGGGUCAGUCAAUCUCCUAUUGACUUGAAGCCCAGUGAAAUGACACGACUCGAAGUGCCUUCUCUCUUGACCUGGACAGGCUACUCGAAACCACCGAAAGAAAUGACCAUUACUAAUAAUGGUCACACGGUCCAGGUAUCCGGAAAAUGGGAGCAAGGAUUGACGCCGAUCAUCUCGGGCGGUCCGCUUGAGGGAAGUUACACGUUUGCUCAAUUUCAUUUCCACUGGGGUGAUUGCAACGUCAUUGGCAGCGAACAUUUGGUCAAUAAUAAAAGUUUUCCACUGGAGAUUCACAUGGUGCAUUACAAAACGGAGUAUGGAACACCUGAGGAUGCGGUUAAGCAUGGCGAUGGACUGACCGUUGUUGGGUUCUUGUUCGAGCUGAGUCUGAUACCCAAUUACGCACUCAAUGCAAUGCAGGAUGGCAUAAAGAAAGUGAAGACAGGAGGAGAAGGGAAUUUGAAGCCUUUUCCUUUGGACUUUUUCCAUUUAUCUUUACAGGCAGAUUAUGCCGCAUAUCUAGGCUCCCUCACGACCCCUCCAUGCAGCGAAGUCGUCACCUGGAUAAUUUCCUCGAUACCUUUGAGCGUGACGAGGAAACAGAUGGAGAUUUUUAGAGAAGUAGAAUUGGCCCAUAAUAUCGAGCACAAUUAUAGACCUACGCAGCCGCUGAAUGGUCGAACGGUGUAUUAUGUCCCCUUUUGAAAGGACUAUUAAGCCUCUUCUGGAGAAAGCAAGAGUAGCCGAUAUGAACGCAUGGUGUGAUUACAAUCGUCGUUUUAGAUUGUAAGAUGUUAACGCAUGACACUUUGGCAAACGCACGUUUUCACUUGAGUUACGUUAUAGGAAUAUUUAGCCUAAUUAAGGUAUACAGAACGAUUUGUUAAUAUAUCACUAUGGUGCCUAGUUUCCCCCAUGAUAUUUAACUUGGCGCAUUCAACUUCCAUGCUCGCAGGGAAUUAUUUAUUUUCCCGAAUCACUCCGCUUAUAUUAAAAUUAAAUUACAUUUAAAUCGAAAAUUCGGGGUAGACUUGGCGUCGCGCUAACUCUGACCGUUCAGAGGUCGGGCAAAAAAUUGUUUAUUCAAAAA